UGAUCUUACCUUCAUCAACAUCAACAUCGUUAUGUCCGGUGAAUCAGUCAAAGUGUAUUUAUACGAUCUGUCCCGAGGCAUGGCGAAGCAAAUGUCGCUGGGCCUCACCGGCAAGCAGAUAGAUGGCAUUUGGCAUACCUCGGUGGUUGUCUAUGGACAAGAGUUCUUUUACGGUCAAGGGAUCCUUGCAUGCUCUCCAGGAACAAGUCACCACGGAGCACCCUUAGAAGUGAUUGACAUUGGCGAAACGUAUCUGCCACUGGAAGUCGUGGUAGAAUAUAUUGACAGUCAGCGAAGUGUGUACACUGCUGAGAAAUACCAUUUGCUUGAUUUCAACUGCAACACCUUCUCAAACGAUCUGUGUCAGUUCUUAACGGGCAAAAAGAUACCUGGUCACAUCACUGACUUGCCAGCCGAAUUCAUGAGCACACCUUUUGGGCGAUCUUUACUGCCAAUGAUCGAGAAUAUGUUUGGCCAGUCCAGGGUGGCGGCUUCGGCUGCAUCGACCGUAGGUGCUCCAUCUACCGUGCCACAGGCACCGCCAGUCUCUGCAGAAAUGCAAUCCAUGUUACAAGGCGUGUCGUCUGCGGCCAUGUCGGGCGCCGCUGGCCAAUCCAACUCGGUACAGACCGCCACCAAUCUGACGAUGCUGGAAGAAUGGCUACGCACCUAUCGAGCCGUGGUGGUGUUUUUCACUUCCGCCGGAUGUCCACCUUGCCGCAUGAUCAAACCCAAUUUUGAACAGUUACUACAAGAGAAGAACCAAGACAGUCAUCGUAUCAAAAUUUUGGGCGUCAUUGUCGAUACCAAUGUCGCUUUCGACGCCGCAUCCAAGUAUGGCAUUCGCGCUACACCGACCUUUAUGCUAUUUCACAACGGUCAAAAGAUCACUGAAUUCCGAGGUGCCAAUUACGCAGAAUUGAAAAGUUCUGUGGAUCUAUUACUGUUUACCGCAUAUCCACCUCAUCCUCACCGGAAAUUACAUCUUCGCGGAGUUUUGGACAUACCUAGUGAUCCUGUCUUGUACGCUAACCCGGGAAAACUGGAUGUGAUCUGCAGUAAACUAGCUACGUUUAUCGAUGAUCAUGCCAUUGAAAUGACGGGUGACCAACAAGCGGUUUUGAACAAAGCCAAGCAAGCAUUAAUGAAUGAUAAGGCCCUUGAAACUCUCGAUAUCAAGGCAUGGCACGACUUUGCUGGCCACCUACUGGAGAAAUUACCUCUUGAUCAACAGUUCCCGUUGCUCGAUUUAUUCCGUUCGCUGAUCGUCAAAAAGCGAGUGAUGGAUUAUUACAGCAAAGAUUGUUCUCAAGUGGUGCAGAUUCUCCGCAGCGGGUAUGCGCAAGGGGAUAAUAUCGCCAAAGCAUCUCAUUUGAUGAUUCUGAGAUUGGCUUGCAAUCUCUUCGCCCACACUGAACUUGUCACGAGUCAAUUCACAUCUCAUCUUCCUUCUUCUCACCGAGGCGAACUCACCCAACUUUUGAUCAGUGCAUUACUGUCACCCGACACGCAACUGCGUGUAGUGGCGGGUUCGCUAGCAUUCAACUGCUCGACGGUGAUCGCAACGGAUCGAUUGAACCGCGAGAAAAAUGAAGGCGAUCUGGUAGGCCUAGCCGCGCAGGAAGACGAUGACUGGCAGAUAGAAAUUAUCACCGCCGUCAUGGACGCAUUGACCAAAGAAACGGAUGAGGAUAUUGUGCAUCGAUUCCUGGCUACCAUUGCCAAAUUUGUGUUUUUGGCUCCUACCGAUCGAUCCACUCUGGGAAGUCUUUUAUCAGCACUGGAUAUCAACGCCUUACUGGAAGACAAGAAAAAGACAGUGAUCAAGUCACCCAGGAUACUGGCUCUCGUCCGUGAUCUACGCUUGUUAAUAGAAUCCUCCCAUGCUAAUGAAUCAUAAACAAAGGAGCUCGGCUUGGGAAUUUACGUGUUAAAUAUGCAAUACAUAUUACAAGGCAUUCAACUUUGCUAGAUGUAGAGUAGCCCAAACAUAUACACUGCACAAUUGUAUAACAGAUCGCCAUAUAAAGUACCGUGCUCUUCGAAUCAUAUGAAGGCUA